CAGUUACAAAAGUUCAGGGCAAGUUUAUCAACUGAUAUCAGGGUGUCAGACACACAGACAGAAUCUCCUCUUAUUCCCAAAACAACUGCGGUAGAAUACAGGGCAGAGCAUAUGGAGACUAUCAACAGAGAAACACUUCAGGCAGACUUUGAUGCAUUUGAUAUUUCUGAGGAACUUGGAUUUCUCCUUGAGGAGCCACUGACUAACCUUCCAGACUAUUAUCGGGUGUGGUUGGACCUGGCGAAUAAUCUCACACAUCUGAUAGAGUCACGUAAACUACGGGAUCUGGUUCAUAAGAUGCCAGUCCUGAGUCCCCAUCUCCUGAGCAAUCAUAGGGAGCUCAGGCUGGCUCACCUAGCACUGGGGUUCAUCAGCAUGGGAUAUGUAUGGCAGGAAGGACAACAUGCACCUGCUCAGAUUCUCCCAAAAGCCCUGGCCCUGCCGUACUGGCUGAUAUCUCGCAGGCUUGGACUUCCACCUAUCCUUACUUAUGCAGAUUCAGUUUUAGCCAACUGGAAAUUAAGGGAUCCCACAGGGGAAAUGGAAAUUGGGAACAUGGACUUGAUAUUUUCCUUCCCCGGUGGUGAGAGUUGCAGGGGAUUUUUCAUUGUGUCAUUGUUGGUCGAGAUGGCAGCCAGUUCAGGCAUAAUGGGGGCUCUGGAGGUGAUGCAUGCUAUGAAAAUCUCUGACCUCAUCGGCAUAGAGAAAGGUCUCGUCAGAGUAACUCAGUCUUUGAAGAAGAUGAAGGAAACUUUCAAACUCAUGCACAAUCAUGUGGAUCCAGCUGCUUUUCAUGGAACAUUGAGAAUUUUUGUCUCAGGGUGGCGAGACAACCCCAUGCUUCCAAGAGGGCUGUUGUAUGAAGGUGUGAGCAAUGAGCCAAUUUUGCUAUCAGGCGGAAGUGCAGCCCAGAGUUCAGCCAUUCAGUGCUUUGAUGCUUUGCUGUGCAUCCAACAUGAGGAUGAGGCAGGAGCCUUCCUGACACGCAUGAGGGAUUACAUGCCUCCUGCCCACCGUCAGCUGAUUGAAACUCUCUGUAGCCUUCCAUCUCUGAGAGACUUCCUCCUCUGUUGCUCCAGCUCUGAUCUCUGCCAGGCAUACAACUCCUGCGUCUCAGCGCUAGUGGACUUACGGAGCUACCACCUCAAUACUGUGACCAAGUAUAUCAUUGUGCCUGGUAACCAUGCCAUGGGUUGCCCGCUCAGAGGUGUGUGCACUGGGCUGAAUGCAACAGGGACAGGUGGAACCAGCCUAAUGGUCUUCUUAAAGAGUGUUCGUAAUGCCACACAAAAAGCAUUGAUCUUAGAGAGGCCAUCUGUGUCAAGAAACUGAAAUGUAAUUUACAGUAUAUAUUAUAACACUUUUUUUGCACUACAUUCUUGAUGUUAUAUUUAUGAAAGAUUUGCAAAAAAAAAGAAAACAAAAAGAGCAUAAACAAAUAUUACCACCACUGUAUUUGCUGUGGUUACAGCCUAAUUAGAGGAACUCUUGGCAUGAUAGUUAUGCAUGAUUGAAUUUCAUUCAGGGUAAGCCAAAAUUAUGAGGUAAUCAAAAUUACUAGAAAGUCCAUUUUUGACUUGCUAUCUCAAACAAAAACUAAACUUUUAACACAUUGUUUUUCCUUUCUAGGCAGCAUCAGGCUUCCAUACCAUACAGCUUGCAAUAAUUAGAUGAACUGCACUUUACAUCAACAUAAUACCUUAUAUAAUCACAUUAUACAAGUGUAAACACAUUAACAGACCAUGCUGCUAAUAGCGACUAUUUGUGUGUUUGUAUCUAUUUUGUGUUGUAUUUUAUUUACUCUGGUUUUAGCUGUAUGUAUGGAAUAAUGUGUAAUCUACAGAACCCAAAUGUAACCCUUUGAGUCUCAAAAGUAGUUUUAAAAUGAUUUGUAUAAAUUGUUUGUAUAAUGGGUUACUGUACUUAUGCCUGAUAAUGAUGCUUUUAACCUGUGUUAAAACUAUUUAUAAAAUAGAAAAUAUAUGGAAAAAAAUUGAGGAAAAGCAUUUUUCAAAACUGUAUUUUAUCAAUCAACUAAUUUGGCCAUGGUAAUAAAAUCAGAAACUGAAAAUGGA